AUGGGAAACCCGCAAUUCAAGACGGUGGACGAUGCUGCCGAAUGGGUAGCCAGCUUUCUGCUCAGCAUCUCCUGCCCCGAGCAAGAGGCUGCCGCUGCCAAGGAUUGCAUCAUCCGUGAAAGGAUCGAUCCUGAGAUAUUGGCCUCGAUGUCGAUGGAAGAGAUUCGCAAGGAGAUGCGCUUGACCUUCGGAGAUGCCAAAAAACUCGAGAAGGAGUUGAAGUUGGCCAUGGGGCUUUCGUCCAAUGCUUCUACUCGUUCGUGGGACCUACUGAGCGAUGUGACAGACCGUGCUCAGCUACCAGCAGCUGAGGCACUGGUCGUUGUGGCGCCAGUGGCUGAGCAGCCAGAGGGUGCGGCACCGGUGAUCGUUGCGCCAGCAGCCGUGGCCCCAGUGGCCCUUGCACCAGCCGCUGCGCUGCCAGUGCCAGCAGAAGCUCCAAUCCCUGUUGCAGCUGAUACACCGCCCGUUCCUCAAGGCUGCAGCUCAAUGUCACAGAAGAUAUGGGGUGCGAUCAUUUUCGUUGCUCUGGCUCUGGCCACAAGUCUUGCAGUGUGGCAGGAGAACCAAUGGCAGCACGAACGUUGUGGCGAACUCCUGACGUGUGGCAUGAAUGAAAGUAGUGGGGCCGGAGGCAUUUUCCAGACUUCCCAACAAUUUGAGGAGUUGCUCCGGCCGUCAAGCUUUCUAGACUCCAACAAGCUGAGGGCCAAAUUAUGGUUUGGUGGAGGUGUACCUUGCUUCCAGGCUCUCCCUUGGCAUGUGAGCAACUGCCUGAAGAAGGCACAGGGUGCUGCGAAGUCCUGCCAGGAUGCGGCAUGUGUCUUUGCCAUCUGUGAUUCUGUGUGGCAAGUGGACGCAACAAUUGGUGGCCACAUGUGGGGUCACAAUUUAUACCAGAUUGAGGACUUGAAGGAGGAAGUCGUCCACACCCUGUCCCGCCAUGGCACUGAGCUUCAUGAGAACCUGACUCAACAGAUUUCUCAGGAGUACAUCAGUGACUUGUGGGCCUUUUACGAGAUCUGGAAUCACUUGCAGACCUUCAUCGGCACGGCUCAAAAUGCAAGCGUAGCCUCUCAGCUGGAGUCGCUCGUGCAAACGAUGAAGCUGGUGGAUGAACGUGCAACAGCCAAGAUGAACCUGGCGGCUCUCAUGGACCGGAUGCUUGGGUCGGCCAAAUCAUUUGAGACGUCUGGAGAGGUCCCAAAGUUAGACUUGAUAUUCAUAUCUUCGACUAUGAGCCAAGCCAAGCAGCUCCGCGAGGACAUUCCAGCCUUGUCAGCGGCAUAUCGUGAAUGGACUGCACACUUGUGCGCAGGCCUUUCAGAGUUCGCAGGUGAAGUGAAGUCCUCCUCUAUGUUUGUGGCAAUUCAUGGCCUGUUGAAGCUUCAUUUAGAAGGGUGCCUCUUGGAAGAUGCGCUUGAUGAAGCCAAGAAAAGUGUAGGUGCCUUGUUGGAAACAAAGGAUGGAGUGCAGGAGGUUCGCAAAGCGCUUGAUGCAGAAAGUGGUUGGUUCAGCCGGUCUCUGCCGGAAAGUCAAGCUGAUGGCUCCCAAAGUUUCUUUUCCUCAUUGGGUUCGUACUUCCGGGGAGGGAGCGACAAGAGCAGCGCUUUGGUUCGAGCGGUGGGGGCCUACCUUGAGGCUUGCUUGGACGAUCACCUUCAGGAACUCCGAAAACCAAAGCCUGAUUUUGAUCUAGUGGCAGCAUUUGAGAAGUUUGAGCACCUGAGGACUACAGCAACCGAGCUUGACGUCCACGUACAGCAAGACUUUCUGGACAAGGUGAAGAUGAUACCUGAUGAGAUUUGCGCGCGUUCUUUUGCCGCUCGUGCAAAUUGCGGGGAAGUUGCAUGUCUCUUUGCCUUCGGUGAGGCUGUAUGGCAAGUGGAUGCGAAAUUUGGUGGCAAAAUGCUGAGUCACAAUGCCACUCACAUUGAGGACUUGAAGCAGGAAGUCGUCCACACCCUGUCCCGCCAUGGCACAGAGCUUCAUGAGAACCUGACUCAGCAGAUUUCGCAGGAGUACAUCAGUGACUUGGGGGCUUUUUAUGAGAUCUGGAAUCACUUGCAGACCUUCAUCGGCACGGCUCAAAAUGCAAGCGUAGCCUCUCAGCUGGAGUCGCUCGUGCAAACGAUGAAGCUGGUGGAUGAGCGUGCAACAGCCAAGAUGAACUUGGCGGCUCUCAUGGACCGGAUGCUUGGGUCGGCCAAAUCAUUUGAGACGUCUAGAGAGGUCCCAAAGUUAGACUUGAUGUUCAUAUCUUCGACUAUGAGCCAAGCCAAGCAGCUCCUCGAGGACAUUCCAGCCUUGUCAGUGGCAUAUCGUGGAUGGACUGCGCACUUGUGCGCAGGCCUUUCCGAGUUCACAGGUGAAGUGAAAUCCUCUCAGCUUGCUGCGAACUUCGUGUUUCGGACCAUUUGUAACGAAUUAAAGGACUACUUGGGUGGAUGCCAGGAUAUCUCAGGAAGUGGCCGCAUUCUUUCAGGAAGUGAAGCUCGUGGUACCCAAAGUUAUUUUUCCCAAUUGGGCUCAUAUGUUUUCGGCGAGAGCCAUGGAAGCAGCGCAUUGUUUGGAUCAGCUGUGGCUGAUCUUGAGAACGGCCUUGAAGAUCAACUCAAGGAGCUGCGAAAAUCAGAUUUCAAUUUUGAUCUCAUGGCUACAUUUGAGAAGUUUGAGCCCCUUAGGAUUGCAGCAACAGAGCUUGACGGCCACGUACAGCAAGAGUUGCAGGACAAGGUCUGUGUCUUAGAAAGGGUGAAGAUGAUUCCUGAUGAAAUUCGCGCGCGUUCUUUUGCCGCUCUUGCAAAUUGCGGGGAAGUUGCAUGUCUCUUUGCCUUCGGUGAGGCUGUAUGGCAAGUGGAUGCGAAAUUUGGUGGCAAAAUGCUGAGCCACAAUGCCACUCACAUUGAGGACUUGAAGCAGGAAGUCGUCCACACCCUGUCCCGCCAUGGCACAGAGCUUCAUGAGAACUUGACUCAGCAGAUUUCUCAGGAGUACAUCAGUGACUUGGGGGCUUUUUAUGAGAUCUGGAAUCACUUGCAGACCUUCAUCGGCAUGGCUCAAAAUGCAAGCAUAGCCUCUCAGCUGGAGUCCCUUGUGCAAACGAUGAAGCUGGUGGAUGAGCGUGCAACAGCCAAGAUGAACCUGGCGGCUCUCAUGGACCAGAUGCUUGGGUCUGCCAAAUCAUUUAAGACAUCUAGAGAGGUCCCAAAGUUAGUCUUGAUGUUCAUAUCUUCGACUAUGAGCCAAGCCAAGCAGCUCCGCGAGGACAUUCCAGCCUUGUCAGCGGCAUAUCGUGAAUGGACUGCACACUUGUGCGCAGGCCUUUCCGAGUUCGCAGGUGAAGUGAAGUUCUCCUCUAUGUUUGUGGCAAUUCAUGGCCCGUUGAAGCUUCAUUUAGAAGGGUGCCUCUUGGAAGAUGCGCUUGAUGAAGCCAAGAAAAGUGUAGGUGCCUUGUUGGAAACAAAGGCAGGAGUGCAGGAGGUUCGCAAAGCGCUUGAUGCAGAAAGUGGUUGGUUCAGCCGGUCUCUGCCGGAAAGUCAAGCUGAUGGCUCCCAAAGUUUCUUUUCCUCAUUGGGUUCGUACUUCCGGGGAGGGAACGACAAGAGCAGCGCUUUGGUUCGAGCGGUGGGGGCCUACCUUGAGGCUGGCUUGGACGAUCAGCGUCAGGAACUCCGAAAACCAGAUCCUGAUUUUGAUCUAGUGGCGGCCUUUGAGAAGUUUGACCACCUGAGGACUACAGCAACAGGGCUUGACGUCCACGUACAGCAAGACUUUCAGGACAAGGUGAAGAUGAUACCUGAUGAGAUUCGCGCGCGUUCUUUUGCCGCUCUUGCAAAUUGUCGGGAAGUUGCAUGUCUCUUUGCCUUCGGUGAGGUUGUAUGGCAAGUGGAUGCGAAAUUUGGUGGCAAAAUGCUGAGUCGCAAUGCCACUCACAUUGAGGACUUGAAGCAGGAAGUCGUCCACACCCUGUCCCGCCAUGGCACAGAGCUUCAUGAGAACCUGACUCAGCAGAUUUCGCAGGAGUACAUCAGUGACUUGGGGGCUUUUUAUGAUAUCUGGAAUCACUUGCAGACCUUCAUCGGCAUGGCUCAAAAUGCAAGCAUAGCCUCUCAGCUGGAGUCGCUUGUGCAAACGAUGAAGCUGGUGGAUGAACGUGCAACAGCCAAGAUGAACCUGGCGGCUCUCAUGGACCGGAUGCUUGGGUCGGCCAAAUCAUUUAAGACAUCUGGCGAGGUCCCAAAGUUAGACUUGAUGUUCAUAUCUUCGACUAUGAGCCAAGCCAAGCAGCUCCGCGAGGACAUUCCAGCCUUGUCAGCGGCAUAUCGUGAAUGGACUGCACACUUGUGCGCAGGCCUUUCAGAGUUCGCAGGUGAAGUGAAGUCCUCCUCUAUGUUUGUGGCAAUUCAUGGCCCGUUGAAGCUUCAUUUAGAAGGGUGCCUCUUGGAAGAUGCGCUUGAUGAAGCCCAGAAAAGUGUAGGUGCCUUGUUGGAAACAAAGGCAGGAGUGCAGGAGGUUCGCAAAGCGCUUGAUGCAGAAAGUGGUUGGUUCAGCCGGUCUCUGCCGGAAAGUCAAGCUGAUGGCUCCCAAAGUUUCUUUUCCUCAUUGGGUUCGUACUUCCGGGGAGGGAACGACAAGAGCAGCGCUUUGGUUCGAGCGAUAAGGACCUACCUUGAGGCUGGCUUGGACGAUCAGCUUCAGGAACUCCGAAAACCAGAUCCUGAUUUUGACCUAGUGGCGGCCUUUGAGAAGUUUGAGCACCUGAGGAUUUCAGCGAGAGAGUUUGACGGCUAUUUACAGGAGGACUUCAAGAACAAGGUGAAGAGGAUGUCUGAUGAAAUUCGUUCGCGCUCUUUUGCCGUGCUCGGUGAUCUGGCUUCCUAUAUACGCGGUGGGUGCGCUUCAGCUUCAACCAGGUACCUUCUCCCGGUCCUGGAGAUGAUACGUUAUGUUUGGCAUCGUUUGGACCAGCCAAGCGCAGUGGAGCUAGGCCAGAGGAUCGCAAAGCUUGCGAAGGAGUUAGAAGAUUCAUUUGCUCAUUUUGAAGUGAAAAUUUUACUUCACAAUGUCACUGGCCCAGUGAAAGUGAGGGAGCUCAGGAAUGACUUGGAAAAGGGCCGUCGCUGUGUCAGAACUGCGGUGCCCUGGUUUCUUGUCUUUGAUGAAGAUGCUGACCUGUGCGGGAAGCCAUGCUCAGGUUCCUUUGGGCAGAUCCGCGAUCGUAUCACAGAAAAGUUGGCUCUGGUGCCAACAAGUCUCCUUUUCUUACGCAAGUUAACCCGGAUCGGCCUUCCCGCAAAGCAGGCUUGCGACUGCAGUGCCAUCCGUGGCAUUGAGAUUGAAAGCCAGGAUCGCCAUGGCCGCACCAGAAGUGUGUUUCCAAUCAGUGAAGAUUAUGCAAACCGAAACACAGAGGUUUUGAAGCGUGAGAAUCUAUCAAUCAAGUACCUCUCAUCAGAGUGUGGAUCGGCAUCAGAUUGCAAGAGCGCAGAAAAGCCUAUCCAAGUCGCAUUUUCGGACAAGGUGCAUGACGUUUUCCGUGAACAGGUUGGAAAUCUCAGGUCCGCUUUGGAAAAUGAUCUCUAUGAUGACGUGUAUGAUAUUCUGACCAGCAUGCCUGAUUGGAAUGCCCUUGACCAAGUUGAGCCACAGCUGAGGGUAGCUGCUUCUGAAGGACAGAUGAAGGAGCGGUGGGCUGGCGAACAAAUGGUUCAAUGA